AUGAGGAGUUUUCACACCCUCACGGGUAUUAUUCUCAUCACUUUUGUGACGAUGUCGAUUGGAGCACAAAUUGCCAUGGGAGCAUCUAAAGGCGUAUGCGAUCCGGAACAUGCAUUCAAAUGCCAAGACGGUCGAUGCAUUCCGAUGUCCUGGCGUUGCGAUGGAGAUAUCGACUGUCAGAACGAAGAAGACGAAAAGAAUUGUCCAAAAGUUUGUGGUGAGAAAGAACACAAAUGUGGCGAUGUGACAUCCGUUCGGUCAUCUCUUGAGCGAUUCAAGUGCAUUCCUGAAAAUUGGGUUUGCGAUGGAGAGUUCGACUGUGAGGAUAAAUCUGAUGAAUACCAAUGCAAGAAUGUUUCUUGCCAAGAAAAUCAAUUCCAGUGCGAAGAGCUAUCUGGAGAUUACAGUCUGUGUAUCCCACAAACAUGGGUGUGUGACGGUCAGAGGGAUUGUACCAACGGAAAAGACGAGAUGAACUGUACAACGAAGGCGACGAAGUGUCCGGAAAACAACUUCCAAUGCGCAAACGGACACUGUAUCUUCAAGAAUUGGGUGUGUGAUGGAGAGGAAGACUGCUCCGAUGGUUCAGACGAAUCACAAAGUGCACCAUCAAACUGCAACCAAACUGUGAACCAGUGCCCACCCGGCGAGAUGUGGAAGUGUGGUUCUGGGGAAUGCAUCCCAUCGAGAUGGCGUUGUGAUUCCGAGGUCGAUUGCAAGGAUCAUUCCGACGAAAGAAAUUGCACCAAAAUUCAACAUACAUGCAAGUUGGCUGAGGAGUUUGCGUGUAAAUCUUCUAACAAAUGCAUCAACAAGGCGUUCGUUUGUGAUGGUGAACUAGACUGCAGUGAUGGUUCCGAUGAAGACGAAUGUGUUGGCGUCAAUACUGAGUGCAAAAAGGAUGAAUACACGUGUCCUGCUACUUACGGAGCCUAUGGUGCUGAAUCUGGUCAUGUCAUUUGUCUUCCCCAAUCUUCCCGGUGUAACGGAGAAGAAGAAUGUCCUGAUGGAGGUGACGAGAAGAAUUGCAAUGCCACCACCCCCGCAACGUGCAAAGAAGGAAGCGAAUACACAUGUCCGUCCACUCCUCUGCAGUGUCUGGAAAUGACCAAGUUGUGCUCGAGCGCUCGUUACGAUUGUGGAGAUGGAAAUAUGUCAGUUUGUGGACCAACUGCAACUAGCACAAAAAUGUGCAAGACCGGUUCUGAAGGAUGCGUAUGCCGUCCAUCAUACAUUACAAAUUCAACAGUUUGUCAUUGCAAAGAUGGAUACAAACUCGAAAACAAGCAGUGCGUUGACAUCAUCGAAUGUGAAACUCCAGGAGUUUGUGACCAGAUUUGUUUGAAUACUCCCGGAUCUUACCGAUGUGCUUGUCACGCUGGAUAUCAAUUGAGCUUCGGUGAGACCAAAACCGGAUCGAGAGGUGUUGCUAACAGAUGUCGAGCCAUGGGAGGUGAUCCUCUUGUUCUUCUCACCAACCGUCAUACCAUUAGACAAUUUGAUCUCGUAAACAAAAUGCAUUUCCCUGUCUCUAGCAAGCCAGGUUCAGCAGUUGCGAUGGAUUUCCACAUCAAGAACGGAACUCUCAUUUGGUCCGAUGUCAUGUCGAAACAGAUCUUACGUUGCUAUAUUGGAAAUGUUUCGGAUGCAUUCCUCGGAACUGAAAUGUGUGACAAGAAGCACGAAGUUAUUCUAUCCGGUGAUAAGAUUCAUACCCCUGAUGGACUUGCUGUCGACUGGGUUCACGAUUUGCUCUUCUGGACAGAUGGUGGCCUAGAUCAGAUCAAUGUGCUCGAUAUGAAAACAGGAAAACAGCGUGUUCUAUAUUCUUCCGACUUGGAAGAGCCGAGAGCUAUUGCAGUUGAUCCAGAGGUUGGGCUCAUCUUCUGGACCGAUUGGGGAAAGAAGGCAAGAAUCGAACGAUCCGGAAUGGAUGGGCAACAUCGUGUAGUUAUCGUCGAGGGAGAUCGUGUCGUUUGGCCAAAUGGAUUAGCGUUGGAUUACGUUGACAAGCGUGUGUACUGGGCUGAUGCCAAGAUCAAGUCGAUUUUCAGUUGUGAUUACUGGGGAAAGAACAUCAAGACUGUCUUGCAUUCCCAUGAAUAUCUCCGCCAUCCAUUCUCAAUGGCUGUAUUUGAAGACCGACUUUUCUACACCGACUGGGAGCACGAUGGAGUUAUCACUGUUAACAAGUUCACCGGAGCCGACAUUCAAACUGUUAUGGAAAAAGUGAAAUCUCCAAUGACAGUCCGAAUCUACCAUAAACAAGCUCAACCAAAAAUACAAGAUAAAUGCGAGAACGCCGCUUGCGAUCAUCUCUGUCUUCCACGUGCCGUCUACAGAGAGUCUGAUCGUACUGAAGAGAAGACUUGGCACGAUAGACCUUUUUCGUGUGCCUGUGAAGGAAGUACUGUUUCUGCUGCAAUGGAAUGUCUCGCCGACCUUGAUACUAAAUCUGGAUUCUCAAUGUUCACAAUCUUCCUUUUGCUCUGCGUCGGUGGAAUUGCUGCUGGUGGAUUUGUGAUGGUUCGCCGCCGAAUGGGAUCUCGUCCUUUCACUUCUCUCAACUUUGACAACCCAAUUUAUCGUCGUACCACUGAGGAAGGAGACCAUCAGAUGGAGGAUCCAUUCCGUGAUCCAUUCGCUGAGCCUACGAAUAGAACCCGCAACGAGGGGCUUCCAACUCUUGCUUCUGCUGACAACGAGGCGCGGGGUGAUACGUUGAGCUUUUAA